UUUUCAGAUGCCGAGAAGUCAUGUAAUGCAUAUAAAUAUAAUGGAAGUUUAGGGGUGAGUAGACGUCCUGGCUCAGAGUCAGCAGUUAGUUCUGGAGGAUGCAAAGCUGGCAAUAAAAUGUGCGCAAGCGUGAAAAAAAUUGGUUUUCAGCCGAAAAUCAAGGCUUGUGAUAUAUGCUGCAGUGAAUCUGGUUUUUGCCGUGAUUGCUGCUGCAUCCUGUGCUGUGGGUGUGUUGAUUCUGCUCGUGGAGGAUUUAGCUUCAUUAGAUGCCAGGCAAUACUGGAGAAAGAUCUUUCAUGUGGGCAUGUUGCUCAUAUUGACUGUGCCCUUCGUGCUUAUAUGGCUGGCACUGUGGGAGGAAGCAUUGGUUUGGAUGCGGAGUAUUAUUGUAGAAGAUGUGAUAAUAAAACAGACCUUAUACAACAUGUCAUAAAGAUGAUGGAAAUUUGCAAAUCUUUUGAUUCCCCUGAUGAUAUUGAAAAGGUUCUGAAUUUGGGCUCUUGCAUUCUCUUUGGCUCGGAAAAAGUUAGAGCAAAGAAAUUGCGUUAUUCCAUCGGAACAAUCGUGUCAAAGCUUAACCUUGGAAUCAGUCUUACUGAUAUCUGGAAAGCAGAGAAUGACUUCUUAACAGUUUCCGCAGGUCAGUUUAGUCAGCCUUGACUUUUAGAUUCUAGCUCAGAUGCAUUGUUAUGCCUUACUAUUGUGAUGCAGAGUCCGGUAAAAUUUGACGAUAGUGUUUACAUUUUAUGCUGGCAAGUAUCCUUGUUGAGCUCUUAAGGACCUGCUAUUUGCAUCAGCUAGCGAGUAAU